AUGAUUGUGUGGGUUCCAGGGUUGAAAGAGGGUUACGCUGGUGUUGGAGUCAUGACGAAGCAGAAACCCUUGAAGAAGUCCUUUGGAAUCGGUGUACCGAAAUUCGACGCCGAUGGACGAGUGAUCACCUUGGAAUACGAAUCCUUUUACCUCGUCAAUGUUUAUGUGCCAAAUUCUGGAAGAGGGCUAGUGAACUUGGAAGCUCGCCAAGAAUGGGACGUGAAGUUCAGGGAAUAUUUGCAGGAUCUGGACUCAAAGAAGCCGGUUAUUAUUGCUGGGGACAUGAACGUGUCGCACCUCGAAAUCGAUCUUGCCAAUCCCAAGUCCAACAAAAAAAACGCUGGUUUCACUCAAGAAGAAAGAGACGGUUUCAGCACUCUUCUAGAAACUGGUUUCCUGGACACAUUCCGCCAGUUUUACCCUGGAAAAACUGGAGCUUACACCUUCUGGACUUACAUGGGCAAUGCGAGGGGAAAAAAUGUUGGCUGGAGACUGGACUACUUCAUUGUGUCCAAGAGAUUCAUGGAUCAAGUGUGUGACAACAGGAUUUUGGCUGAUGUCUUGGGCAGUGAUCAUUGUCCGAUUGCAUUGGAUAUUAAGUUGUAA